AGUAAUUCAACUUUACACUUUAGAGCUUCAUGCUUAUAAUAAUAUAUGAUACUAGUUUUGGAACACGUGUAUACCGUGCUAAUUAGUAUAAAUACUUCUAAAAUAUAAAUGUAUGAUAUGUAAAAUACAAGCUCGAUUCAAUGAACAGUAAGCAUAUUCAAUUGAAUCAUUAGGUCUCUUAUGAGGCCGCGGAUAGACAGGUAGAGAAUGCAAAGCCCACAAGUCUUCAAACUGCUUCAUCUACAGUUGCAGUGGCUUUGACCUGAUGUCUGUUGAUUACUAAUUGUAACUGAAAAGAUUUGUAUUUUUCAAUUAGAGAAACAAAAUAAUGGUUGUCCUCACCGUAAAAGGUGUGAUGUGAAUUUAUCCUAAUGCAAGUAUUAGUGUAAAGGAUGCCUGCAAAACUCAAAUUCCCAAAUCUCCAAUUCAUAGACCAAAAAAACUAAACAAAAUAAAUAAAAACAAAAAAUAAGCAAUCUUUAUUACAACAAUCCAAAAAAAAAGAAUGAUUUUCACAUUCUUUGCUUAUGUUACUGAUUUAUAAUCAAUAUAAAAACAAAUUUCAAUCACCCACUAAACUAAUAUAUGAUAAAAAACACCACAUAACUCAAUUUCAUAAUCCAAACACUAACAAAACAAAGAAAAGAAAAUUCUUUCUAAACCAGUCACUCAAAAUAAGCGAAAUUGAACAAUGUAAAAAAUUCAAAAUCAAAAUAAGCAAAAGUUCGAACAGCCUACUCCAAAUUCUAAACUUCCCAAGGAAUAAACAGAAAACAGGAGAAACAAAGUGACUAUUGAUAAACAGAUAUAAAAAUUUCGUGACAUAACAAAAAUAACAAUGUUAUUAAGAACUGAGUGACUCCUGAUAAAGACUAGAGUAUAACGAAAUAAGCUAGCUAAAGACAUUCAAAGUAAAUAGGAAACAAAGCAACUCUUGAUAAAUAAAGAGAAGAAAAAAAAAGUUUACGUGAUGUAUUUGAAUGAGGCACAGAAAAGAGAAACUGAUCAAUGGAAAAUAACAUGUUGCUCUAGACAUUUAUAUAGAUGAGUGAAAAAUCUGAAAAAGUUUUGGAUCCGUGGAAAAUUAAAGCAUUUAAUCUUGAGUGUCGGGAAAAGGUUGUUACAUUGAUCGAGACGCUGAGCAAAAACUAAAUGUUUUUGGAGAAUUAAAUUAAGGUUGAGAUUAUCAGCAAUUUUUUAAGUAAAUCAAUAUUUAAUAAUAUUGUAGGGUCAAAACGAUAAUUCAACUUGGGGUUAAGCUCUUCCCACUUAUAGUAAUAUUAACAAAGUUAUUUUUGAAACUUCAAGAAUGUUAACUUCUAUUUCUUGGAUAUCUACAAAAACUAAUGGGUCAAUCUUAACAAUGUCGAAAAAUAAAACUAUAAAAGAAAAAUAACUCUCAGUUUCCUCUUUAUUCCUAGAUGCUCUCUCUCUAAAUCUCUUACCAAUUGCUGAAAAUCUCUAGAUAUAGCCGAUCCACCACCGGCAGAAGAAACAAACUUCAUCAGGGAGUUCGAUGCUCUUGCCGUUCAACCUCUUGACUGUACUUUUAACUCCCUACACAUGACCGCAACAUACCAAGAAAAUGUCGAAGAUUUCCCUAUGGAAUUUCAGAAUUUCAAUUUCAAGACUAAUGAUAUAGUUCUUUAUGAAUCAUUCAAUGAUAUCUUUCCAAACCCUACCAAUGAUGAUGCAUUUCAAAACCCUAGUUUUCUGCCAGACUUUCUCGGGUCGGAGUUGGGCUUGGACUCGAGUCAAAUGAACCUGCAUAGCUUUGGUCAACCUGAGAGUCAACUGAUGGGGAUUUCUGAUGAUGCUUCUAGAACAUUCAAUUCGACCUCAGGAUAUUGUCUCGGGAAAGCUCCGAUUUCGAACAAAUUGGAACAUUUCCCCCUAAAUUUAGGAAAUAAUUCAGUAAAAGGCGGAGUUGACGAAAAGAGGAUGGAUAGAAAAAUUAGGAACAAGGUAAGUGCUCACUUAUCAAGGCAAAGAAAAAAGCAUUAUGUUAAGGAGUUAGAGAAUAAAUUCAGAAUAUUUCAUUCAACAAUUCAACAUUUGAAUGCAAAUUUAUCUUAUGCAAUGACAGAAAAUAUAACUCUAAAAGCACAACUUGGAGGUAAUGGUGUACCUACUCAAGUGCCGCCACCCCUAGGGAUUAAUCCCUAUCCUCCUCCAUGGAUGUCAUAUACACCAUACUAUAUGAUGAACCGACAAGGAUAUCAAGUGCCACUGGUUCCCAUUCCAAAGUUGAAAUCACAGGCACUAGCACCCGCGCCGAAAAGUAACAAGGAAGUUAAGAAAAAGAAGAGUGGGGUUAAAACAAAGAAAGUUGCCAGUGUUAGCUUCCUUGGUGUGUUGUUCUUCAUCCUGCUCUUUGGUGGAUUGGUUCCUUUAUUGAAAGACAGAUAUGGAGACAAGGGGGAACCAUUCAUGAGUGGAGAGUCUUUUGUGAGCGGAUUUUAUGAAAAACAUCAUGGAAGAGUUUUGAGUAUUGACGAGCCCGUGAAUGGGACUGGUUAUUCUGAGAAAUAUGAUGGAAAAAAUCAUAGCUCACAUUGUGGCCAGAGAGGUCAGGGUGAAAGCAAUAAGCAAAAUACCAAUAAGACUGGAGAUGAGUUUGUUCAUGUGGGAAAUAGUAGUCAUCCUUUGGUAGCCUCUCUGUAUGUCCCAAGGAAUGAUAAACUUGUUGAGAUUGAUGGGAGCUUGAUAAUUCAUUCUGUAUUGGCAAGUGAGAAAGCCAUGGCAUUUCUUGGAAGUGCUGAAAAGAAAAAUAAAGAGGCAGGCCUUGCAGUUCCUGGUGAUAUGGCCCCUACUAUCCCAACAGUCCAUCCUCGCCAUUAUCGAAGUCCUGAAGUGGGACAAAUAACUCUUGUAUCUGAUGAGAACGAGAACGUAAAGUCAAGUAUACUGGGGUGGUACCUUAACGGUGUUGCCGUAUAUGUUUUAAGUAAAUUUAUGGUUUGGAGAAGUCUUCUACUUUCUAGUAUUUUAAUUUUUUUUUUUGUGUUCAUCUGGGCAGGACCUUUGUUGAGUUCAGGCAUGUGUACAGAAGUGUUCCAGUUUGAUGCAUCAUCUUCUGCUCGAGAAGCCGUAGUUCCUGUUACCAAUGUUAGAGAUACAUCUAUGGAACAAAGGCAUAACGACACAUGUCUUCACAGAAAUAGAAGGAUCCUCAAUGGUCCUCCAGUUUCCCUUUCUAGACCCUCUCACAACAUUUCUAAAGAACAAACUGGAACAAAUGGAAAGCAAGAGAAUCCCAACAGGAACAAUUCACUUUCUUCCUUGGUAGUGUCCGUUCUGGUUGAUGGUGAUGGUGAUGGUGAUGGAAUCAUGCGUACAAAGUCUGUCUCUCGAAUAUUCAUUGUUGUGCUUAUUGAUAGUGUCAAAUAUGUCACCUAUUCUUGCAUGCUUCCAUUUAUUGAUAGUGCUCAUGUAGCAGAAGCAUCAUCAAAAAACAAUUUUGUAGAUACCAUAAGAUCUACUAAUAGUCCUCAUUAA